ACAAGCAUAGAUAUACCUCAUCUUAUUGUAAGUACGCAGUUUCAGAGCAAUCUAGCUAUAUUCAUUUUAAAAUGUCUAAAAUUAAGUUUGUAUGGAGAACCAAGCUUGCGGCGGACUCUUACUAAAUGGCUGUCAAAAUAUUGCGUUGCAGACUUAUCUUGAUCUAACUCUACGAAUUUUAUUAAACCUUACCUAUUUAAGUGCCCUAAAAAUCCAAAUCAUUAUGACAUUUAUCUUCUGGCAAAUGUCACUUUUCUGUCACCAUUGUGUACAUAUCCUUGCUGAUAAAAACAUAAAAACCUAUAAAAAGAAAAGUAAACAAAGAAAAUUCUUACGCAAACAUGGUAUAGAUACUUUGGCCGUAUUGGCUCUUGGGCAGGCGUUAGACCGCAGUAUUCAAGAUGAGCUCGCUGGAAGGUGACGCGAAGGAUGGAUUGUUCAACAAGGAUUCCGAUUCUGACAUUUCCAUAGAAGACCGAAUGGAGCUACUUCAGCAAGCUCGUAACUACGCGUACCACGCAAAGGCAGCUUCCUACUUAGUGUCACCUACGCGGCCUUCUGAAUCUUCGUCCAAUGCCCUUGAGCCCAACCUGAUCAGAAGAUCUGCAUCCUACAUCUUGACGAGAUCCGAUCAUCUGGAGAGCAACGUGGACAACUGGAUGGCUAACGAAGAACUUGAAGAAGCGAGAAGACUUAGACGAAAUGCGACGGUAGUCCGGCAACAACCAAACCUGGCCGAGAAUCACGGAGCUCUGGCGAGUUUUUGGUACAUGUUAGCAUUGCUUCCUUUAGUCAACCUACAUCGGCAGGGAUGGUGCAGCCCAAGAAAUUCCAUCAUAAUAGUAUUGAAUACUGUGGACCUCUUUGCUGCGUGGCUCAAACAAAUGGUUUCCUAUUUACGAACACAGAUAUCUCGGGUAGAUAUCGACCAGGUACUUCAGGAUUGUUUCGUAGUAGGAAUGGAUACUAUCCUGGCGCUGCAAACGUUUGCCUUCAUACUGCUGUCCUAUUACCAGACGUCUUUAUAAAAAACAAAGAUCACUUCAAAUGUAUCCUCUUUCUAUUAAACAAUGUGAUUAUUAUUAAAAAAA